UUGUUUGUUUUUUGGCCACUGUAUAGCUUUGCUUUGCUACAAAGAACUAAAUCUUUGAAUUCAAAAAUCCUAAUGAAUAUUCUAUGUAAAAUAAAUUUGAAAUAAGCAUUGGUUAAAACAAGUUAUUGUCUUUUUAGUGUGUAAAAUUCCCCCUCCUUUUCUAGAGCCACAGGAAAAGUCCCUUAGCUAAGCUAUAUUGACCUGUUUGCAGAUUGAAUUCAGACAUACUGAGACAUGCUGCGUGUUCUGGUCAUUUUAAGUUUGCUUAGAGGAGCUUAUCUUGCAGAAAUUAUUGCACGAGGAGACGCUGCUGUUGAGUUUGGUCAGGAUGCUUCAUUCUCUUGUACGCUGCCAGACGCGUCUGCUGUCAAACAAGUCACCUGGCAGCGCGUGCGUGACCAGGAACCGGUACAAACUCUGGCUACAUACAGCGCGCUCUUCAACGAUUAUGUGGAUGAUCAGUAUGUCGGAAAGGUCAUUUUCACCACUGCGUCAGUUAAUUCAUCAUCCAUUGAGAUCAAAAACACAACAUUUGAUGACGAGGCUUGUUACAUUUGUUCCUUCAAAGUGUACCCAUUCCAACCUAAACGACAAACCUUGUGCCUCGCUGUUAAAGGUAUUUCAGAAAUAACAGCAUCAUUGAACACUGCACUCAGUUCUGAUCCAGAUGUUGUAGUCUCAUGUUCAGCUACUGGUAAACCAACCCCAACUAUCCACUGGAAAUCUGCAGAGAAAGAGCUGGACAACUUUUCAAGUAAUUUUACAACUCUGAAUAAAGACAGCUCAACCACCAUUACAAGCAACCUCACGCUUCCACUCUCACAGUUUCAUGGGCUGUAUGUGGAAUGUGUGGCGAAGAGUGACAGCAUGGAGAAGAGCAUCCAAAUCAAAUUGCCUGAAGUAGAAAAUAAAGAGAAUAAAGUCACAUUAAGAAAUUAUAUCAUUCCCAUACUGGUUGUGGUUAUCAUGAGUAUUGCCAUUAUUGCUACCUAUCUUCACACAAAGUUAAAUGAUAAAGUUCAAGAAUAUGCUUGUCUGGUUUGAUCUUCUGCGCAGCUACUACUUUAUUCAUUAUUUUCCAAAUAUUUCUGAUGCAUUUUUGCAAAAAUCUGCAAAAAAAAAUCAAUUCAUGAUUAAAUUAGUGAAUAAGCAAUUAUAUAAUGGUAUAAAUAAUACCUGUUCACCUGAGAAAGUCUGUAUUUUUCCACAGUUUCUUCAUCCUGCAUAUGCAUUUUAAGUUCUUUCUUGUUACAUUCUGUAUUCUUUAUUGUUGUGAGAUUUGUCUUUAGGAUUUUAAAUAGGUGUGUUACAGGCAGCUCUCUGAGUAAUAUGCUCAGCUUUAAUCAGUAAAAUGCUUCGUUGUAAGCUUUAAGCUGUUUGGUAUAUAUUGUGUUUGUGCUAUCAAUUAAGAAUAAGUAUAUCAAAUAGAAUAGAUGUGUUUGUUUUUGUGCAUUUAUUGUUUAUUUCACCCACACACACACACACACACAUAUAUAUGCUUUAGCAGUCAUACGUCUUUUCCACUAAUCAACAACAUACUAACAUGCUGUUUAGCAAAGCUACAGGUCAUCUUUCCAUAAUGCUCAAAGAUCUGAAAUAAAACAUAUUUUUUUAACUCAAA